ACAAGAAAAAAGGAAGAGAGAAGAUAUAAGAGCGAGAGGGAUAGAAGUGAGUUCAGAGAGACACAAGGACAACGUUCACUAAUCAUUUUGUCAUAAAAUAACUAUUUAGUCUGCCGGGAUCAGAAACAAGAGUGAACCCUGAGAUUACGGAGGUUCAGAGAGUGAAUGUGUGAGUGUAUGAGUGUGAGAGAGCGAGAGAUAGCGCAGAAAAGGAGGUGUGAAGAAGGUGUCCUCAUCAGGGCUCGAAGCAUAAAAGUGGACGGGCAAAGAAGGAGGAGAAGAAAAGGAGGAAAAGAGGGAGAGGGAGUGGGAGUGCAACCCGAUCCCAGGACUUACACACUGCCGGCAGUGAAAACGCUCGACUCAUAACUUCAACUAAGUGCUGUUGCUACUGACUCUUCAUCCAAUACAUGGCGUUGUGGGCUGCUUCAUUUGCUUUCGUUUCCAGUUUUAUUGACCUUAACACCCUCGUUCUCCAAAGAGCAUUUGUUUCACCGUUACAUCACUGAGCAGAGAAACUCUAAGGCUGUAGCAGAGCCAGUCGGAGAAUCUGUCUAGGAAUUGCUGGUCAUUAGAUCAAGAGUUUCACUAUAGGGAAAAAAGAGGGAUAUUUUAAGAGACUUUUCUGACAACAACCUAUGAACCUGUGAAGAAAGGAAAAAGAAAAAAAAACACAACCGGCUACGAAGAAGCACAAACUUGCACACAGAUUUGUCAUUGUUUCUAUGCAGCAGCCGUUCUCCUGAGAAGCAAGAGGUCUCCAGGACAGGGAGAGAAAGAAGGGGAUUUCAGCCAGACUUGUGGUCGUGAACAAGUGCUCCUGUGUGUGUUUGCCAGCAGGGAGGCACUAAAGAAAAGAAUCACAGAAAGCUACCAAUUCAAGCUUGUGUUUUGAGCAAAUGUAUAUAUAUUCAGUGUUUAUUUGAGUUCAAGUGUGGCCCUGACAUCACAUGUGCUCAGACCCUGGGGAGCACUGUCUUGCGUCCACCCUCUGACUAAUUGUGUGUGGGAGAGACAGCGAGACAAAUCGACUCUUUUUUUGGCAGGACCUGAAGCACCAGGGCUGGUCACACACAAACUCUACACAUUUGAAUGUGUACUGUCUGGGUUCAGGAGACAAACAGACUCUCUGUGUAAACUGGGAUUCCCCCUCCACUAAUACACCCCAGCAUUAAUUUACUCCAAUAUUACAGGUGCUUUCCAUGACCAGCAUCAUUGUCAUCAUCAACAACAUCAGGAAACAUCCCAGCAUCACCUUACCAAUCGGCACCUGAACGUUCCAGCCCCAUCACACCUGACGUCAGCCUCACCUGUUGCUUUUUAAACUGAGCUGGGUACAUUUCAGCACCAGAUCACCAUCACAAUGAGGCAGCUUUGUUUGGUGCUAGUUGUUGCUUGCUUGGCAUCUAUAGCUGAAGCCAUGUCCACCUGCAAGACUUUGGACCUAGAGGUGGCGAAAAGGAAGCGAAUUGAGGCCAUUCGGGGACAAAUCCUCAGUAAGCUGCGCAUGGCCAAGGAGCCCGAGCCUGAAGAGGAUGACCAAGAAGAAAACAUCCCAGAACCGAUCAUCUCGCUUUACAACAGCACGGUAGAGGCCAACACUGGCCAAGAGAGCGAGCUAGGUCCUGAAUCACAGCUUCAGGAGGAAGAGGAGUACUUUGGCAAAGAGAUGCACAAAUUCGAAAUGGCUAACUGGAGCAAUAAUGUGACAGAGACACAGGUGCUGUUCUUUAACAUGAAUGAAAUGAAGCAGAGCAUCAAGGACUACAGGCUGCUGUCACAAGCCAAACUUAGGCUGCGUGUAAUAAGUAUUGCAAACCAAAACGGCAUACCACAGAGACUGGAGAUUUACAAGGGCACGGGCACCAGUGCACAAUACCUGGGCUUCUAUGACGUCUCUAAUGAGUUUCUAAACAAAUGGAUAUCCUUUGAUGUAACAGCUACGCUCAAGGAGUGGCUCCAGUCUUCUGAACCUGAACAAACAUUUGAGAUGAGGGUGUACUGUGGAUGUAGGAUGCCUGUGGAGAGCUUAAAAUUUUCCUUAUCAGGUUUGAGUACAGAAAGAGGAGACAAAAAUAUUCUUGCCAAUUUAAUGGCUAAGCCGUAUAUUCUGGCCUGGGCUGUUCCUUUUGACGGCCAGAGCUUCUCGUCACGCAAAAAGCGAUCUCCUGUUGCGGAACCUACUUGCGAUGAAAAAACAGAGACAUGCUGCAUGCGGAAGCUCUACAUCGAUUUCCGGAAGGAUCUCGGCUGGAAGUGGAUUCACAAGCCUAAGGGAUACUUUGCCAACUACUGCAUGGGCUCCUGUGCCUAUAUCUGGAAUGCUGAAAACAAAUACUCACAGAUUUUAGCCCUUUACAAGCAUCAUAACCCCGGUGCAUCGGCUCAACCGUGCUGUGUACCUCAAGUCCUGGAUCCUCUUCCGAUCAUGUAUUAUGUCGGCAGACAAUACAAGGUGGAACAGCUGUCUAACAUGAUUGUGAAAAGCUGCAAGUGCAGUUAAGAUUUUGAAGUUUUUUUCAACUCGAGUUCUCAUCUACACACAAACACAUAAAAAGACACACAAUGACAUACACAAUGAUGGGGACAGAAUGUCUCAAAGGAAGCGGAAUGGAAAUGCAGCAAAGAGGACCUAAAGAUGAGAAGACCAAGUAAUGACAGAGCAAAGAGGACCUUCUGAAUCGUUUUUGAAUUUUUCUUCAGUCCAACAACAACCAAAAAAAAAAAAACAUUCAUUUUUUUUAGUAUUCAUUUCAAUAUUGUAACACUUAAUUUAUUGCUUAGGUCAAGUUGCAUUGGAAUCAUGUCAUGUAAAAAACUUACAUGGCAGACAUACAGUGCUGAUUUUCUAUUUUGAUGGUGCUGUUGAAAAAAAGGGACACAUAACGCCGAAGGACCGUCCAUCCAGAAUUCUGGAGGAAAUAUAUAUAAAUGAAUGUGCUUACCAGUAAAUAUGUUUGAGAAGUUUGCACUAAUUCAUGAACGCUGAAUCUCUAGAGGACAGCAAUGAUGGACCACGAACGGACUUUUGACUUCGGGGUGCACUGUACAGACGGCCACCGAUGAGCCUUUUUGUGGCCCAAAGGAAUUCCAGUCAUUAUUCUAGACAGCUAUGUACAAUCCCCCUAGAAAUAAAGGGGGUAUUCACCUUGACUCCUUGAUUGAAGGGUUCAUUGUGCUGUUUUUUUAUUAUUUUUUACAUUGCAGGAAGUAAAUUAUCCAGCGAUAUAUUUGAAUUCUGUAUAUUCUUAAGCCAAGUCCCAAAAAUAUUCUACGUAACUAGCAAGCAUUUCAGAGUACAUCUUUAUAUGAAGAGACACAUGGGAAUUGCAUGUGUGCAAGGGGUUGCAUGAUGCCUAAUUUAUACACUACAAAAAUGACUUCUCAGCCAGUGGAAAUAUGUUGAAUAUACAUUUUAAAUCAAAUUUACGUGGUAUUUUCUAUAAUGAACAACAACUAGAACUAUUCGUUCUUUUUUUUAAACCUCAAAAUAGAGAUCUUUUUCAGAAAGAAGCAAAAUGAUCUGCCAAUAAAAAUAUGAAAACUCCAAACUAGAAAUAAGGAACUGGUGGAUGUUGGUUCGAUAUAGUGUUAUAAUAACAUAUUAUAGAAAUAUAACCAUAUUCAAUAUAGUUUUACUCACUAGCUUGAUUUCUCUUUGCAGUAUAUUAGUCCACCGGUAAAUCGUAAUCUAUUUCUAAUAGUCAUCUUUUCAUGUAAAGCAAAAGCUAUUUCAGGAUAUCUCUAUUUCAACAUCAUUAGCAAGGAAAAGAAAUAAACUGGUAGUACAUAUGUCAAAUAAUCUGUGUACUACAUUACACCGAGCUGAAAAUGCACUCGUGUGGGCAAAUUGGCGACCCAAGAAAAGAGAGCAUGCAGAUGAAGCUCUGUAGAGCUUUGUGAGCGCUUUACCUUCCAUUUAUAAAAAACAUCUGAAAACAUCUAAAACUCAGAGAAAGUGUUAAUGCAAAGGUUUUUUAAGACCCAUGUUUGUCUCCUGAGGUCGAUUGCAGGCUUCAUGUCAUCUGGAUUAAAAUAUUUUCACACCAAAAGAAAAUCCAAUUAUCCUUCAUUAUGUACAAUCCACAAUAAGGACUAGGCAAGUAAUUUAUGCAACCCCAUAAAGAGGGCCUAAUUCACCCCAAACCAACCAUCCUCCCCUCAAUCUUUCCAUCCAUCCAUCCAUCCAUCCAUCCAUUUCUCCAUUGUUAAAUAUUUUUGUUUUUGUACAAGCAUAUCAGGGCCUGUGCACGGCCCGUCACCUAUGUUCAAUGUGCAUGUCUCUGUUCUUUGUCCAGUAUAUAAAAAAGGAAAGCUUUGAGCAUGUCUCUUUACUCUGAAUUUGGCCUUGAUGCGUUGACGUGUAUAGCAAACAUAGAGAGAGUAUUUAUAGCAGCAGCCUGCUUUCUUUCUCGCUCCCAAAUGAAAAGGGUGGGUUAUAGUGCUGGUUUAAGCACACACACACACACACACACACACACACACACACACACACACCAUAUAUUACACACAUAAAUCCAACAAAGACCAAUAUUUUGGGACAGAAAGGCAUUUUGACCUCAUGUAGAGGUGAAAUAUAAUUUUAUUUGUAGAACUGUUUAGUUUCAUUGUUUAUUGUUGUAUUAUAUUUUUUGUAUUGUGUUGUAAUGUGUGGGGAAAAAAAAGUGUCUGUGUAAAUCUUCAGUACAAAACUUUAACUUGUGGUCAUAACUCAUACUCAUCACAGUGAUCAUAUUUCAUCUGCUAGUUUAUAUUUGCACCAACUUUAUUCCAUUAUUUUUACACACUGUUGAAAUAAACAAAGGAUUUACCAGAAGGAUGCAAACAGAACAUGCUACACACUAAA